UUACUUUACCCAGGAGAAAUUUAGCAAAGGAGACUUAACAGCACCCAGAAAAAAUUUAAAAUGUGCCGAGGACUAUCAUCACUACCAAACUGCUGCUUAGAGAGGGCGAAGGGGAUUAAAACUCGGUUAGGAGUUUUUCUACAGGUGUCAAAGAAAUCUUACAGUUCUGUUCAAGCAAAGAAGGAGAAAGCAGAUUCCAGGCCCUCUUCAGAAGAAGCAAAGAAAUGGAGACAUUCACUGGACAAGAUGCUUUCUCAUAAAUAUGGUCUAUCUGCCUUCAGAGCAUUUCUCCAUUCCGAAUACAGCGAGGAGAACAUUGAGUUCUGGCUGGCCUGUGAGGACUACAAAAAAACCAAGUCUCCUGCAAAACGAGCUUCUAAAGCUAAGAAGAUUUAUGUGGAAUUUAUAGAGACAGAUGCUCCAAAAGAGGUUAAUAUUGAUUAUGAAACAAAAGACUCCACUAAGAGGAACCUUCAGAAACCCAGUCGCUCCAGCUUUGAUGUGGCCCAGAGGAAGAUUUACAACCUGAUGGAGAAAGAUUCCUAUGCCAGGUUCCUGAGAUCAGAUGUAUACCUAAACCUGAUUAAACAAACCGAGAGAACCUCCAACCUGGCAGAAGUCAAUAGGCAGUCCCAGACGUGAAAUUGAAGGGAGUGCCUCUUGGAAAGAUCUUAACGGAGUAACUGAUGAAAGCUAAGGCCACAAAUGGAAGGCAUACGGCCAAGUGCGGAUGGAAAUUAGAGAGAUAUGACAUUGUCAGACAGCACAGUUUGGAUGCAAAGGAUUUUCCAAAGAAUUGGACAGACACAGAUGUAUCUAUGAUAUUUGUGAAUGCAUUGCAUAAGAAAGUGAAGAUGUGCACUGCAGUGAGAAGUGAUGGGAUAUUAUAUUUUCACAAGUGUUUUUAUGUUUACUGUAUAAAUUAUUUAUUGUAUUCUAUAAUAUUAGUUAGACAUUGUAUGAAAUACAGUUUGGAAAGUAUCUGUGAGAGAAAUUAGUACUGAUGUUCCUUUUAGAAAACUGGUGCUUGCCUUCUGUAGCAGUGUCAAGCUUGUCAAGUUGAAAUGUGAGACUAAAACAGCAAACAAUUCCUCUAAGUUUGGAACACAUUCUUUAUGCUCAAUACUGUACUCCAUAAAGCAUGUGUUGCUGCACAAGACAUGUUAACCAAAUAAUUUUAAAGGAAAUAUUUAAGUCUUCUUACAAGAGCCAAAUUCAAAAUGAACAGUAAUCCAUUAAAGUUGGAAGCAUGUUAAUACACAUC